AACUCGCAUGACGUACUCACAUCAGUCGGACUUACAGACGUUAAGACAUGCCAGAACUCACAUGACGUACUCACAUCAGUCGGACUUACAGACGUUAAGACAUGCCAGAACUCACAUGACAUACUCACAUCAGUCGGACUUACAGACGUUAAGACAUGCCAGAACUCACAUGACGUACUCACAUCAGUCGGACUUACAGACGUUAAGACAUGCCAGAACUCACAUGACGUACUCACAUCAGUCGGACUUACAGACGUUAAGACAUGCCAGAACUCACAUGACAUACUCACAUCAGUCGGACUUACAGACGUUAAGACAUGCCAGAACUCACAUGACGUACUCACAUCAGUCGGACUGA